AUGGGAUUUUUUGGACAACAAGAAAAGUGGGGAGAAGGAAGAAGAAAUACCAUUGAAGGCUUAACGACGAGCUGCACGGAAGCCACCGGAGGCACCGUUGAAUUCUUUGACUUUGGCGGAGAGCUUCUUCAUGAGUUUGCUCAUGUCAAGCUUCUUCUCGCGGAUCAUGUCCUCGGGAACUUCUGGAAAAAAGUGGAUAGAAGAUGUUAUAUAGAGAAUGAAAAUAGAAAACUCACUCUCAGUGAUCUCGGACUUCUCCGCCUCGUCAACGUCCUCCACAUCGUCGAGCUCUCUACAACGAAUCUUCUCGUAGUAGGUGGCCUUGCGGAAUGGACGCAUCAGGGAUGGAUUGUCGAGUUGUCCUUCGGUGAGCAACUCGCAGAAUCCUUUCUCUUGAUAGGCGAAUGGAUGGAAGAAGUUGACCGCUUUGCAACGUGGCUUCUCUGCGCACUUCUGGAGACAUUGAUCGUGCUCGUCGACAGUCAUUGUGGCAAGCAUAGUACCGAAGUAGACGUAUUCUGGGAUGGCGUCGGCGUGGAGACCUUGUGGGCAGACGUUGACUGGAAUAAUGGGGGAAAUGAGGAUUUUUGGAGCAAAAAAAAUUUUUUGGCUCCAGACAUAUUUGUGCUCAAAAAGAUAACUCAAACUGCCAAACUAACAUGA